GGAUUCUGUGGUAUUCGAUGAAGAUCAGGCUUGGUAUAUCAUGUUUCAACUACUGGAAGGCUUGGAUUACUGCCACAAGAUGAAGAUUAUGCACCGUGAUCUUAAAGCUUCAAACCUACUGCUCACUCCAACUGGUCAUCUAAAAAUAGCCGAUUUUGGAUUGGGCAAAGAGAUCAAGGACGAUAAAGAACAUUUAUACACAAACAAUGUCGUGACGAUAUGGUAUAGACCUCCUGAACUACUUUUAGGACAGGAGUCCUAUGGACCGGAAAUAGACAUGUGGAGUGCCGGGUGCAUAUUUGGUGAAUUGCUUAUGGGCAAACCCGUAUUCCAGGGCAAAGGCGAUCAGGUGACCAUGGAAAUCAACCAACUGGACGUAAUCGCGAGGGUUUGCGGGACACCAACAUCCUCCAAUUGGCCCAAGUGUGUGCUGUUGCCCUUUUUUGGACGGCUCAACUCCAACUACCCUCGACGAGUAAAAGAACACUUCGAGAAGCUCUCUAAAUCAGUCGUUGAUAUGUUAGAUCAGCUGUUAAAACUAGACCCCGAAGAACGCUGGACGGCCGAGAAGGCGCUCGAAUUGCCAUAUUUGGUCGAGCUUAACCGCAAAUUUCUGCGGGAAGGGCCCCCGGAGUUCGGGAACACGCUGCCCCGUGACUCAUCGCACGAGUGGGAGGUCAAAGACAGGCGCAGAGAACUACGGAAACUCAACGCCACCCACACCCAAUCCAAUGCAAGCAGCCAGCACAUGCCUGGUAGCAUGGGCAGCUACACCAACAGCGCCAGCGCUACCACCAACCACAGCAACACCAACAACACCACCCACGGUUCUAUUAAUAGCCAUAACUCCGGUUCUAUAAAUAGAACGGACCGGCUCGGGUCCCCCUCGGGGUUGGCCCAGGAAUCACCGUCGCUGCUGCCGCUCGUAGACUCGGGUGGCCGACCCAAUUCGGCCAAGCGGUUGAGAGGCACCCAAUCAGAAUCCCUGUCCCGUGCCAGUGCGCGAAUUCGGGACAGUUCUGCCGGUACUAAGGGUCCGGUUAGUGGUGCACCUGGUGUAGAUACCGCCAGGGCCGGUAGUACCGAACCUCUCAAGUGUACGAGGACGGAUACGGAGGGGUAUGGAGAUACGCGGCAAAUGGGGAGUGGCGGGGGCAGUAGUGACAGGGUCAAGCAGGUCGCUGGCCGGACCAAGGGGGGUGUGGAUGGUAAUAUGGGCCAGGAUAUACAUGCGCGUACUGGGAAAUGCGUGCAAUCUCUCACCGGAGGUACUGGGAGUAAGGUAGAUCCAAGUAGUGUGCAGACACGCAUGGAUGCACCCAGUUUACGGGGCAGGACUGAGAGUGUGAGAGAGAGGCGGGGCAGCCGAGGACCGUUCGACCCGCGGGGUGAGAAGGGGGUCAGUAUUAGUAAUAGUAACAAUAAGAGCAACAGCAACAGGCAUAUCGAUAAUAUAAAUAACACGAGCAGAGAUACCGCCGCAUGGCACGACGAAUUGGAUAGCAUGCUAGAUGACACCACCCAGAGCAACGCAAAGGACAUGAACAGUCCCGCUAUCAAACCGGUACAGCGCAACAUCAACGGGCAGGCCGAUACUGCGAGAAAGACUGUAACGGCUCCUGCUACGUUUAGUGUAGGGGUUAGUGUGGGGGGGUCAGAGAGGCGUAUAAAUGGGUUGCCUAUGAGUCUGAGUGGGCGCUUGGGGAAUCUGAGUGCGAAGGGCUCUGCAGGUGGUCCCGCAAUGGAUACCGGUACGGCGUCUAUAAAUAGAUUUGCGGGGGUGGUGAAGAGACUGGGCCCGGCGGGUAAGAAUAUCACACAGUCCAUUGACCGCAUGGAACGAGAGAGGCAGAAACGGGAGAAGGGAAAAGGUAAGAAAAAAAGGAAAAAAAGAGUUCGGUACAGUUCAAGUUCUAGCGGUGAGUCAUUCGGCCGGAGUAGGAGCAGGAGCUACUCCAGAAGCAGAUCUAGAUCACGUGACAGAUCGCCUCGAUACGCGCACACACACCGGGGCGGGCCCAGCGGUAGUAGGUACAGAGAAAGAGAUCGCGAUUCUCUCAGUAGAGAACGGGAUCGCGAUUCAUAUGGCGUCAAACAGAGAUAUAGGGAACGAGACAUAUCCCCUCCCAUGCACAGAAGGCGGCACCGUGGACAUUCCAGUGAGGGUAUGUAUGGGAGUCCUAACCCUUCACUACGGCCGUAUCAGCAUGAACCGCCAAUUCGCCAUCCCGAGCCAUAUAUGGGCACGCACGUGCUACCCCCGGGGAUGGCAGCCAGGAGAGGGUUUGGCGGAGAACCACGGUAUGCUGAGGAACGAGGCCGUUCGAGUGCGCGCGAGAGUCGCACAAAGCCUUACGGCAGGAGAAAGCGGUGAAUAGUACAUGCGUUUGAAUCGGCUGGUAUAUGCUGAAUAAAGAUGUUUGGUACUGAUUGCUGAGUUAAUUCACCAGGUUGUCGGUGUGUCAUAGAUUCAGUGGUGGGUUUGUGUGGAUGCUAAAAGGCAGGAAAAUGACUCAUACUGGCGUCCGGCUUCCACGAGAAGCAAAGCAUAAGGCCCGUUUGCUGUGUUUUUGCAAGUGUC